CUCCCACUGCUACCAACAACGGCAAAAGUACCAUUGGCACUACCGUUACCAUCAUCGCCACUACCAACUGUACUACCACCUGUACCCAGCAUCCCCCAUCAUAGAGGUUUCGUAUCCGACGCGCCAUCCAGCCUGCGCCACUCGCCUCCACUUCUGUAAAAGAGCCAACGCGCAUCGGGAAUCUCGUUCACUCACAACCACCCGAUCGCCGAAGAAGCAUCAGCUGAUUCGUCGCUCCAACCCUUGUUCUUCUCUGCUAAUCACUCAUCGUGAGGAACAACAGUUCGUGACUAUUCAAGAUGAAGAACACGGCAAUCCCGACAUCGGGAUGCUCGGUACUCACCAUUGCCUUGAUUCUUCUGGUCUCCUUCAGCGUCGAAGUUUACGCGAAACGCGGAUGUUCAGCAUUCGGACAUUCAUGUUUUGGUGGCCACGGAAAACGAUCCGAAUCGAAUCCUCUUAACGCCGUCUUGGAGAAUGUUAUUGCCAAUCGAGAGAUUCAGGAUUACGAUGAGCCACGAUCGACUAACGAUUAUUUGUUCCCUGAUGAAAAUCAAAAGGCUCAAGAUCGUCAAUUACGUCACUCUUCCGAUCUGAUACAACCACCUCAGCGACCUGAACGUUAUCCUUUGUCGUUCGUCAUCAAUCAAUGGUUGGCAUCGUAUCGUCGUGCAAAUGGGGCCGAUUUAGAAACCAAAUAAGAAGACGACGUUCUUUCAGCCCCGUUAAAAUAACUAAGCUUAAGAUGGAUAAACAGCAAAAAUAAAUAAAUUAUCGUUAUUGUCGUAA